GUCAGCAGGCCCCAGCCUGGUCUAUGCUUACGCGCUCGAAAACAGCCGUCAUGGAACAGAUGUCCGGAGAAACGGACGAGGCCUAUCAGGCCCGGAUGCUGCUUCUGAUUACCAAAGCCAAGCAACGGUUGGAUGCAGUAGCAGCUGCAACAAAGAAGAAGGCAGAGGACGCCGAGAAAGCACGUCUAUUGGCAAUUGAACAGCAGCGCCAGCAAGACGAGGCAGCAGCAAAGGCUGCCGAUGAAGAACGACUUCAACGACGGGAGAAAAUAUUCAGCGGAGAGCGAGCUUUGUUCACAAUGGCAGCGGACUGGAGGGCCGAGGCUGAGAAUGGGAAGCUGGAAGAGAGUGGAAACAAGAUCGCUCUACUCCUCUCCCAUCUCACGGACCUCCUGGCCACAUGCAUUGCACAACAGGUGGACAUUCACAACCUCGAUGACGCAGUUCAGACACACAAUCAAGUGUUUGAUCAACUCACCAGCCGCCUCCAGCAGCUGGAACAAACCGUCGCCGCCCCCGUUGCCAGCUCUUCCAACACCUCCGAUCGCCUCGAGGCAUUGGAGAUUGACGUCGGAUCCCUCAAGGACGGUGUGCUGUUACAGCAAACCGCAACGCAACAGUUGGAGCAGCGGAUCUGUAUUGCCGCCAACCACUCAAGCUCGAAACCGCGCGAGACAACUCCAAAGUUCGAUGGGCAGGAGAUCUUCUGCGACUCGACGAAGACGGACCCGAUUUCAUGGUUCCGCAAGUUCGAGCUCACAUUGCAGCGACACUACGUCAGUGAGCACAAGCAUCACGCAUACUUAUACUCCCGCUCAGUGGGCGCGUGCCAAGCAUGGCUGGACAAUCUCCUGUCCAAGUAUGGAGUGGUGGCUGCUGACUUGCAUACCAAGAUCAGCUGGGGGGAUCUAAAGGUGGCGUGGCAUAAGCGGUUCCAGGUAGAGCCGCAAGGGCAAAUUGGGAAACUGAGCACCGCCGGGAGUGACUCGACGACACUCUCGACGCCAUCAGAACCGGUCACUUCACGGGUGACCGCCCUUCGUUCCAAGCCACAUGCGGAAGUCGAUAGUGCUCCCCUUCUUUAUUCUUUUGAGGACUAUGCUGCCCGGCUAGUUCCUACGCUGAGUACUCAUGCUCAAGGACAAGACGUGUGUGUGACAUCUUCUCCGUCCGACAACGACAACUUAUCGUCUUUAAGUGGUUCUUCACGGGAUUCGGCACGCGAGUUCAACAUAGAGGUAUUGGACCCGCUCACGUCCGAGGGUUUCGCAUGGCUUCCUCUCCCGACAACGGGCCGCUUGUCGGGACCGCAAUGUGCAACAUUAUGCGCUCAUCUUCACACGUACUUAUCCUUCUAUGCACCACCAACUUCGCCGACGGAAGACGAAAUCGCGGUGGGGGACAUCCUUGCGUAUGUUACCAAGGUGGCCCGUGAGUUUCGCAAGCACCGGAACGAUGAAAACAACGCACCGCUCCUCUAUGUCCGCAUCCAAGUUGGGAAAGCGUCCUACAGCGCUUUGUUGGAUAACGGCGCGUCUCGCAAUUUUAUGAGCCAAGCCUUUAUGCAAAAGGAUGGCCUUGGCGCACAAGUUCGAAGGAAGGCAAACCCGACAGCGAUCAAGUUGGCGGACGGAAGGACGCAGCAGCUUAUCGACCGCUACAUCGAGGUCGUACCGGUGUAUUUCGCACCUCAUGCAUGCGAACCGAUGACAUUUGACAUUUUGGACACGGACUUUGACAUUAUUUUGGAAAUGCCUUGGCUUGCAAGCGCGGAUCACACGGUCAACUUCCACCGGCGGACUCUUACCGUUCGCGAUGCCUUCGACGCCGAAGUGUCGUGUACUAUUCCUUUUCCGCACCCUUCGAUUCAGUGCCAAGUGGUGACGACCAAAUCAUUCCGGGCUACUUGUGCUUACGAGCAGUCUGAUGAAAUCAACCUAUGCUUCCUACAUACCGUUGCGGUAGCCGACUCGUCACCCAAGGACUUGUCUUUGGACCCUCGUAUGGUGCGGUUGCUUGAUGAGUUCGCCGACAUCUUCGAGUCACCUACCGGUGUGGUGCCGGAUCGGCCGAUCUCUCACGAGAUCAUUCUCGAGGCCGGUGCUGUGCCGCUGAAAGGUUGCAUUUAUUGCAUGAGCGAGGAGCUUACGGUCCUUCGUUUGCAACUCGAUGAUUUCUUGGACAAGGGUUGAAUCCGCCCUAGUAGCUCUCCAUACAGAGCGCCAGUUCUCUUCGUACGGAAGAAGAACAAAUAUCUACGUUUGUG